AUGAUUCGCAGCCAUCGUGGCUCAAGAUUGUCAGUCUUCAGUUGUCUGUGGAGUAUUGGCACAUACAUGUGCAUGAGAAGGACAAGUCCCAGGAUUUGGGCUUUGCUGCCGCUGGUUGCCCAGGGGUACCGCGACUCCUGGCAGGAUUCCACCUUGGAGGUGUCUGCAGCCUCAGCCGCCACCCCGUCCGCUGAGGCCAAUACCGUCCAGAGAGGGCCAGGGUCGGAGUGGGCUAGUGAUUGCGAGGCUAACCCCCUGCAGUGCGCGAACGACGCCAUCCCCAACGCCUGCAACUCAAGCCUCAGCAGUUGCAGGGCUGUCGUGUCCACGGUGCACCUCCUGAGCAUUGACACUGAUUCGCGGGUGAGAAGCGCAAUUGCCGAGAUAUCCAUCCCGGCAAUCUGUGCACGUGCAGCGGACUUGUGCGAGGAGGUCUUUCUGUUGGUGGCAAACAUUAGCAGCGAUGAGUCGGAGUUCGUGAGGCAGAGUGUCGCUGAGCAUGCGCUCCCAGCGGCUUGCAACGCCGCGCGCUGCCACGCAGUGUUCCCAUAUCUGCUCAGCCUCAGCGAGGACCCAAGUGUGAAAGUAAGAAGGGCCAUUGCCGUGUACGCACUGCCUGCAGCGUGUGCUGCCGAUCUAUGUGAGCAGGUGCUCCCAGUCCUGCUCAGGAUGAGCAGGGACUUGAGCAAUAAUGCGGAGCCGGUCCGAGAAGCAGUCGCCUCGGCUGCCCUUCCUGCGGCGUUUGAGGCGCGCGUCGGCUGCAGCGCAGCGCUGGCCAUUCUGCAGGUGUUGGAGGACGACGAGAAUAUGGUGGUGAGGGCUGAAGUUGCCAGGCUCUCCUUGCCUGCCGCCUGCACUCAUGGCUGCUGCGAUGCUGCCAUCCAGUCUCUCAUACGUCUCGGCAAGGACAAGAAGCCACGAGUGAGGAAAAACAUAGCCUGGUACGCUUUGCCGCUGGCUUGCAGCUCGAAUCGGUCAAGAGAUCUCAUUCCGACAAUAUCUUCGUUAACGAUGGACGGUGAGGCCGGAGUCAGAACUCGCACUGCACGACGCCUCCUCCCCGCGGCGUGCAGAGCUGGACUCUGUGGAGGCAUGCUGUCCGACAUGCAGAGGCUUGCGACCGACAGUGGCGAUGUGGUGGAGCCGCUUGCUCACAAUGCUGUGCCGCGGGCGUGCGCAGCGGAUGCGGGUCUUUGCGAGAAGCUCAUGCCCACAAUUCAGAGUAUGGGCCACCACCCAGGAGAGAAAGUGAGGCUCGCUGUGGCAGACACCGCCUUGGCAGUCUGUACGGGCACUCUCUGCGACCAGUUCCUGCCGUUACUGCGCAGCUUGAGCAAUGAUACAAGCGCUCUUGUCAGCGCCAGUGCCAAACGGAGCUUGCACGUAUGCGCUCAACGAAGCCAACUCCGCGCUGAGUACGCCGCAAUCGGGGACCUCUCGAGGCAGGCAAACCAGCCAAUGGCGUUCAGCGUUGAUCAUGUGCUGCAAGUCCCCGCUGGGGUCGCGAUGACUCUGGCGGGCCGGCAUCCUGUCAAGUUGGCUGCGCACCGGUGCCCCAAUUGGAAAGCCUGCCCAGGAAAUAAUGGCACACGUCUCAGCGCAGAUCCUUCUUCGAGCCAGCCCACAUGCGGUCUUCGGACCGUAUCCCCUGGCCCCUGCGAAGACGGCUUUGACCCAGAGGUGCCAGGUUGCGCAGGGUGUCUACAUGAAUACCGUCGGUCGACCACAGAUCCGUUCAAGUGCAAAGCAUGCGGGAAGUACGUGUCCGACAUCCUCUGGUUUCUCCUAGCUCCGCUUGGCGUCUUCCUGGUCGGCAUGAAGUCCGCGCUGAACCCGAAAUCCGAGCGCUUCGGCAGUCUGUACAAGAUAACCAUGGCAUACGUCACGUCUUCCUUCUUGAUCCUGAACGCGCUGCUGUCUUCACCCAUUGGCAAGGACAUCGCUGGAAAGGCUCGGAACGCUUUUAGCUUGUCGCUCACGGCUGCCGAUGGGAUCUCGGGCUUCAAAGUGGGCACUAUCGACUGCUUGCUGGGGCGGCCAGCAGACGUGGGCGAAUGGAUUGUGGCCUCCAACGUGGUGCCCCUGUCACUGCUGUUCAUAUCGAUCGUGGUCGCCUCAGCUUGGGGUUGCAUGUGCACCACUGACGAGGGCCUCGUCACUCUUGUGGUGCGGCCCAUCCUCGUUGUUACCAAUAGCUUUCUCCCAUCGAUGCUCACAGCAUUCUUGCACAGCUGGCCGUGCUAUCAUACACAGAAGAUGGGCGACCUCACCGAACGGAUGAUGAUGUACCAAAUCAGGAGCCCAUGUCCCAGCUAUACCUCAUGGCACUCCUUGCUGGGUGUCAUUGGUUGUACUCUGCUUCUGGCCAGUGGGCCAGGCUUGUGGUGUGUGCUGUUGGCCAUGUCUGAGAAGGGUGAUGAAACCGACUACGCGGAGCGCCAGAGGUGGGAUGCCCGCCUCAUGUUCUUGACGGGUGCCUACAAAGCCAAGACGCGGUGGUGGGAAGUUGUAGUCAUGGUGCGAAAGGUGGCUUUCGCCAUCAUCGUGGCACUCUGCCCGCAGUCAUACGCGUUGGGCACCCAUUUGCUCGCUGUUCUCAUGGUCCUUGGCGUGGCACUGUCAUUACAUUUGACGGUGAGGCCGUAUGCCGUGCCUGAUUCUGAGUGUAUUGCACAGGACGGUAAACCGCUCUUCUCGUUGAAUUUGCUCGAGGCAAGCUCCCUCACCAUCAGUUUCUUGUGCAUGGGUGCCACAGCGUACGUGACCACCGAUACCUGGUCGCAGUCAAAGCUGGUCAGCCUCACCCUGGUGCACGCUGCAGUGUUCCUGCUCUCAGCUUUCGGCACGCUGCUGUUCUGCCUGCUCGCCUAUGAGGGCCUCCCAAAGCUGAAGGGCAUGGCGCGUGCUUCAAUCUUCUCCUCGGGCGAGACGGCGACUCUGGAGAGCUCGGCCGAGGGGCAGCAGUCCGAGGACAGCGGCGUCUCCGGGGACCGGUCCGUUCUGAGAUUUGCCCCGUACUACUGCGUCAUGUUCUUCGCCGUGCUGGUUCCCGACCUCAUCGCGGUGUUCGUUUACUCGCCCGUGGGGCUAGGGCCAGACAUCUACGACGGCAUCACGAGCUCUGGUUCGAACCUACUCGGCAACUGUAUGGCGAUCGUAUCGGCUUGCUGGUUGACGGUUCUGUUUGUUUUCGACAUGUUCGACGCCGCCAUGUGGGAACAUUGGGUAAAGGCGGUCGUCCGCUUUCUCAGCAUCGUGAUCCUCGUAGUUCUAGUCUUCACUGGCUUGACACUCAAAUCCGUGAAAUGCCCAUGGGCGCCACUAUUGAUGUGCAUGGUUGCCACGGUGUGCCUUCUCGCCGUCAAGCGCGUCCAGUGCAGUGGGUCCGCCGUGGGCUUGCCGCACUUUUAUCUGGCGACAGCAAUCUGCUACGGCAUGUGCGCAACCGCGAUGCUCGUUGUAUGGAUCUUUUGGGUAAUGUCUGCAGACGGCCCACGAGAUCUGUGGUGGAACACAGACACCGAGCGCUGGCUGGUUCACAAGUACGCUGGGGUCUACCGAGUGCUGACUCCCGUCGAGCUGGCGUCGGAGUCGUCGCCGCUUGAGCUGCAGGAGUAUUGCCUUCACAGGUCGUUGAUACACAGCGGCAUCGGGAGCGCGGACAUCCAGGACGCGGAGGCAGGAAAUGAGGGAUGA